AAAGUUUUUUUUCAACAUAGCCAGGGAAAAUAUUUUUGAAAUUUGUUAUUAAAUGGCUUCAAAUGAUUCAGGUGUAGAUUCCAGCAAUGAUAGUAACGAUGCUAAUUUAGUUAUGAAUUCGAAUUUAUCUAAUUUUUGUGUUUUACCCAAACUUUUUGAUAAUAAUAAAAUGUUACAAUGCUUUGCUUUACCACAACCUGUUUCAUCAACAUCAACUUCGACUGAAAAUAAAUUACAGUUUGGUUCUUUACCGCCUGGAAAAUUCAAAAUAAAUUCUUUUCGUCGUCUUCAUUCCCAAAGGAAUCGAGUUAAACAUGAAAUAAGUCAAUAUAAAGAAAGGAAAUUACGGUUGGCUGCAUCAACAUGUAAUAUUGAACUUCUAACAAAUUUGUUAAAAUCUGGUGUCGACCCAAAUUGCUCUGAUGAACAUAAAAGAAGUCCAUUACAUUUAGCUGCAUGUCGCGGAUACACAGAUAUCGUAUCGCAAUUAUUAAAAUAUGGUGCUAAUCCUAAUAUUGUUGAUUCAUUGGGUAAUACACCAUUACAUUUAGCAGUCAUAUCAGCAAGCUCAACAAAUUUUAAUUUAGUUGUUAGAAUAUUAUUGCAACAGGGAGCUAGUGUACAUGUUAUUGAUAGAAGUGGAAAAAAUCCACUUGAAUUAGCUGAAGGUAGACUGAGAUUAAUGCGUUCAAGAUGUCCAACUCCAGAAGUAAUUAAAAUAAUUGAAGAUAUGUGCUUGUUGAUUGCUCUUAUCUUACGAUAUUUUUGUAAACAAAAAAGAGAUUUGGAAGACUUGGAAGGCAUUGAAGAAAGAUUACAAAAUCUGAGUACGAAUGAUCAGGUUGUUAAUGAAGCUGAUAGUUUAUUAGCUAGCGUUGAAAAACUUUCAAUUGCAAAGUAAAAUAAUAAUAUUUAUUUAUGUAUGUAUAUUCAUAUAUUUAAAAGUUUUAUACAAUAACCCAGAAUUAAGAGGUUUCUCCUAUUUUAUAUCAUAAGUUAUAUUUAAGAUUAUAGAAGAAUAGACUAUUUUAGAUUAUUGAUAUGAGAUUUUUUUUCAUAACUGAAUAU